GUGAUUCUGCUCACCUGGACGUUCCUGGCCCUCCACUCCUCAGGACGCCAAGUCAGAGGCCAGGCAGACCCACCGUGUGGAGGACGCCUGAAUUCCAAAGAUGCUGGCUACAUCACCUCUCCCGGGUACCCCCAGGACUACCCCUCCCACCAGAACUGCGAGUGGGUGGUGUAUGCACCCGAGCCCAACCAGAAGAUCGUGCUCAACUUCAACCCCCACUUUGAAAUCGAGAAGCACGACUGCAAGUAUGACUUCAUUGAAAUCCGGGAUGGGGACAGUGAAUCUGCAGACCUCCUGGGCAAGCACUGUGGGAACAUCGCGCCACCCACCAUCAUCUCCUCAGGCUCCAUGCUCUACAUCAAGUUCACAUCGGACUACGCCCGGCAGGGGGCAGGCUUCUCUCUGCGCUAUGAGAUCUUCAAGACAGGCUCUGAAGAUUGCUCGAAAAACUUCACGGGCCCCAAUGGCACCAUCGAGUCCCCCGGGUUUCCCGAGAAGUACCCACACAACUUGGACUGCACCUUCACCAUCCUGGCCAAGCCCAAGACAGAGAUUGUACUGCAAUUCCUGACCUUUGACCUGGAGCAUGACCCCUUGCAAGUGGGCGAGGGGGAUUGCAAGUAUGACUGGCUGGACAUCUGGGAUGGCGUUCCACAUGUUGGCCCCCUGAUUGGCAAGUACUGUGGGACCAGAACACCCUCUGAGCUUCGCUCAUCGACAGGAGUCCUCUCGCUGACCUUCCACACAGACAUGGCCGUGGCCAAGGAUGGCUUCUCUGCUCGGUACUACCUUGUCCACCAAGAACCACCAGAGAACUUUCAGUGCAACGCCCCCCUGGGGAUGGAGUCGGGCCGGAUCGCGAAUGAGCAGAUCAGCGCAUCGUCAACCUACUCUGAUGGGCGGUGGACCCCACAGCAGAGCCGGCUCCAUGGCGAUGACAAUGGCUGGACCCCCAACCUGGACUCCAACAAGGAAUACCUCCAGGUGGACCUGCACUUUUUGACCAUACUCACAGCCAUUGCCACACAGGGAGCAGUUUCCAGGGAGACCCAGAACGGCUACUACAUCAAGUCCUACAAGCUGGAGGUCAGCACCAAUGGCGAGGACUGGAUGGUAUACCGGCAUGGCAAGAACCACAAGGUGUUUCCGGCCAACACUGAUGCCACUGAGGUGGUCCUGAACCGGCUGCAUGCACCACUUCUGACGCGGUUUGUGAGGAUUCGCCCCCAGACGUGGCACGCGGGCGUGGCACUGCGCCUGGAGCUCUUUGGCUGCCGCGUCACAGAUGCCCCCUGCUCCAACAUGCUGGGCAUGCUCUCAGGCCUCAUCACGGACUCCCAGAUCUCUGCCUCGUCCACCCGUGAAUACCUCUGGAGCCCCAGCACCGCCCGCCUGGUCAGCAGCCGUUCCGGUUGGUUCCCGCGGAUCCCGCAGGCACAGCCAGGCGAGGAGUGGCUUCAGGUGGACCUGGGGUCACCCAGGACAGUGAAGGGCAUCAUCAUCCAGGGCGCCCGUGGAGGAGACAGCAUCACUGCCGUGGAGGCCAGGGCAUUCGUGCGCAAGUUCAGAGUCUCCUACAGCCUUAACGGCAAGGACUGGGAGUUUGUCCAGGACCCCAGGACCCAGCAGCCAAAGCUGUUCGAGGGCAACAUGCACUAUGACACCCCUGACAUCCGGAGGUUCGAUGCCAUCCCAGCGCAGUUUGUGCGGGUGUAUCCCGAGAGGUGGUCGCCAGCAGGGAUUGGAAUGCGGCUAGAAGUACUGGGCUGUGACUGGACAGACACAAGGCCCACGGUAGAGACGAUAGGACCCACCACAAAGAGCGAGGAGACUACCACCCCAUAUCCCAUCGACGAGGCCACGGAGUGUGGAGAGAACUGCAGCUUUGAAGAUGACAAAGACCUGCAGCUCCCUUCAGGAUUCAAUUGCAACUUUGAUUUCCCGGAGGAGCCCUGUGGCUGGGUAUAUGACCAUGCCAAGUGGCUCCGGAGCACCUGGGCCAGCAGCUCCAGCCCAGACGACAGGACAUUUCCAGAUGACCAGCACUUCCUGCAGCUACAGAGCAAUGGCGAGGCCCGGCGUGCCCGACUCAUCAGCCCUCCGCUGCACCUGCCUCAGGGCGCUGUGUGCCUGGAGUUCCAGUACCGUGCGGCAGGCGGGCACGGUGUGGCACUGCAGGUGCUGCGGGAAGCCAGCCGGGACAGCAAGCUCCUCUGGGCCAUCCAUGAAGACCAGGCCAGCGAGUGGCAGCACGGCCGCGUCAUCCUGCCCAGCUACGAGCUGGAGUACCAGAUUGUGUUCGAGGGAAUGAUAGGGAAAGGACGUGCCGGGGAGAUUGCCCUUGAUGACAUCCGGAUCAGCACCGAUGUACCACUGGAGAACUGCAUGGAACCCAUCUCAGCUUUUGCAGGUGAGAAUUUUAAAGUGAAUAUCCCAGAAAUACAUGGGAGAGAGGGAUACGAAGAUGGAAUUGAUGAUGAGUACGAGGUAGACUGGAACAACUCCUCCUCCCCGACAUCUGGGUCUGGUGCUCCGGCAGCCGACAGAGAGAAGAGCUGGCUUUACACACUGGACCCCAUCCUCAUCACCAUCAUCGCCAUGAGCUCGCUGGGUGUGCUUCUGGGGGCCACUUGCGCGGGGCUACUGCUCUACUGCACCUGCUCCUAUGCGGGCCUGGGUACCCGCAGCUGCACCACGUUGGAGAACUACAACUUUGAGCUCUACGAUGGCCUCAAGCACAAGGUCAAGGGCAACCACCAGAAGUGCUGCUCUGAGGCAUAAUGGGCAGCACCAGGCAGCCUGGCAUCUCAUACCUGCGAGAGGGGCUGGUGAAGAUUGCGUUGGGUUUUUGGUUUUGGUUUUUUGUUUUGUUCUGUUUUGUUUCCUUUGGAAAUUGAAUGCCAUAAUCUCGAUCAAACCGAUCCAGAAUACCGGAAGUGUGGACAGGACCGAGGCGAGUUGGGGGAGGGGGACAACGCUGUGAAGGGGUCAUGCCCCGCCCAACCCCAGUGGCUGUUCGGUGCAGGAGUGGCCGUGUUCUCUGCCAGGACAAAGACAGGAGCUCAUCUCUUUGGAGGGUCACAGUUCUGUUUUGUUUGUGAAUUUGUUAUUGUUAAUUAUAUUUUAUUUCUUUGAUCUGUGAGCGAUUCAAAGAGGCAGAAGAGAACGAUCUUUCUGUGUAGAUGUGGAGUAAUGAGCACUGUCCUCUGUUCUCUCCUAAUCAACGUUGGAAAGCAAAGCAUCUUUUCAGCCUUUCCAUCACCAGAAAUAAAACUCCAAGAAGCCGUCAGCUCAUCCCAGCCUCCAGUUGUCUCCGAAGGGGUCUACCACGGGUGGGUCCUGCCCGCCUCGCCUCGGCCUACCAGUGCCAGUCCUAGCAUUUCAGUAGGAUGUUGUUGCCUUUAACUUUAUUUAUCCAGGGGAAAAUUGCCAUUUUAGGGUCAGCAUGAACAGCUCUUGCUUAUGUGCGAUUUAAAACCAACCAGAAAGGAGACCAGAAUCCAUAGAAGCACCUCCUGUUGGAUGCGACCGAGCCUUAAAGUGCUUCAUGGGCAAAUGGGAGCCAUCAGUUGACUGAAUUGAGAGCUGGGGCAUGCGGCUUCCUCAAGGGGCCGCU